AUGGCUUUGAUCAAUCUUGAUCUUUCAUUUUUCUCAAUUUUUUCCUUGCUCAUAUUCCUUCUAUCCCUUCUCAAAUGGUUCUAUGCUGCUUCUAAACCCCAGAAAAAGUUACCACCAUCUCCACCAAAGCUCCCAAUUAUUGGCAAUCUUCACCAGCUUGGCCAGUUUCCACAUCGCUCCCUCCAAUCACUGUCAAGAAAAUAUGGUCCACUCGUGCUGCUUGAACUGGGAAGCAAGCCAAUGCUGGUUGUCUCUUCCUCUGAUGCAGCUUGCCAGAUCUUGAAAACCCAUGAUUUAUCCUUUGCAAGCAGGCCUAAAUCGAGCAUCCCAGAUAAACUCUUUUACGGAAGCAAGGACAUAGCUUUUGCGCCAUAUGGCGAGUAUUGGAGACAACUAAAAAGCAUUUCUAUGCUUCAUCUUUUGAGUAACAAAAGGAUUCAGUCUUUUCAACAUGUCAGAGAAGAAGAGACGUCACUCAUGAUCGAGAAGAUCAGCCGAAUGUGUUCUUCCACAGCUGUAAACUUAAGUGACAUGUUUUUAAUUCUCACAAAUGAUAUAAUCUGUAGGGUUGCCUUGGGGAGGAAGUAUAGUGAGGAAGAAAAUGGGAGGAAAAGUAUGGAGAAUUUGAAGGUGUUUGGUGAGUUACUGGGUAUUUUUGAUGUAGGAAACUAUAUUCCUUCGCUUGCAUGGGUUAAUCGCUUCAAUGGCUUGGAUUCUAAAGUGAAGAAAACGGUUAAACAGAUUGAUGGAUUUCUGGAGGGUGUGAUAGAAGAGCACAUGAAUAAGAGGAAAGGAAAGGCUGAAAGCGACUCUACUACUGAGGAAAGAUGCCAAGACUUUGUAGAUAUCUUGAUUGAGAUUAAUGAGGAAAAGACUAUGGGCUUUGCUCUUGAGCGAGAUGCCAUGAAAGCUAUCAUCCUGGAUGUCUUUGGUGCUGGAUCUGAUACAACACAUUCAGUUAUGGAUUGGGGAAUGUCAGAACUUCUAAAGAACCCCAAAGUCUUGCAUAAAUUGCAGGCUGAGGUAAGAGAUGUGACUCAAGGAAAACCAGAAAUAACUCGAGCUGAUAUGGAGAAAAUGCGGUACUUAAAAGCAGUGAUUAAAGAAACUAUGCGACUUCAUACUCCAGUUCCAUUACUGGGUCCUAAAGAAUCGAAUCAAGACGUCAAAAUAAUGGGGUAUGAUGUACCAAAGAACACGCAGGUACUUGUGAAUGCUUGGGCAAUUGCAAGAGAUCCAUUGUUGUGGGAGAACCCUGAAGAAUUUCGACCUGAGAGGUUUUUGGGUUCGAGUGUAGAUUUUCAUGGUUUGAACUUUGAGUUAAUUCCGUUUGGUGCCGGACGAAGAGUUUGCCCGGGUAUUAACUUCGCCAUGUCAGUAACUGAACUUGCAUUGGCAAAACUGGUCAACAAAUUUAACUUUACAUCACCCGAUGGAAUCAAUCCAAACGAGUUGGACAUGACCGAAUCAUUUGGUAUCACAGUCCACAGAAAAUUUCCUCUGCAUGCCAUUGCCACACCAUAUUCUUGCUAAUGUCUUUGUUUAUGAUGUUUCAGCUUUACUUUGUUUCAUUUCUAGUGAAGUUCUUGCAAGUAACUUAUAGACUAUAGUGAUGGGUUAUUGUAUACUAUGUCCUAAGGAUACGGAAGAAGGGGUGGGUUUGGCGUUAUCUUGUUUGCACGAUGUAACUAUAGCUAAUAAUGCUAGUUAAGUUAUAUACAAUUCACUCUGAUAAUGUUGGAAUUUCA